AUGAGUGCGAAAGCCCAGUUCAAUGAUUAUCUGUUGGGGCUCUACGAAAAGACCAAAUCUCUCAACAACCUAGUGUUCCCGAUAUAUAGGUACGAGAGGCUCGUCGCGGAGAUCAAGGUUGCAAAGAUCAAUGAGCUGAAGCACGAAAAGACCAUCCUCAAGCACUACGACGUCCUACCGUUAGAUGUCAACAAAGGCGGAGGGGGAAUGGCAGCUCCCAGAGCAACAUCUCACAUGUGGCACAUGUCCAGUUGGCGCCAUGCUAAUGCUGAAAACUUUGAGCCCCCAACCUUUGUGAAAGGUACUACAGACAAAUGGGAAGGUGAAGAUGAAGAAGAUGUGAAGGAUACAUGGGAGGAGUUGGGGGAUGAGAAUGAGGAGAAGGAGAAGGAAGAGGGAAAGAAGGAUGAUGAAGAAGGGGAUGGAGUCAGAGCAUUCCAAAGGAAGAAAAAAAAGAAAAUGGUCAAUAUCAUAGCUGAAAAGGAAGCUAAGGAGAAGGCAGAAGAAGAAGAAGAGAAAAAAGAAGAGAAAAAUCCAAAAACGCCUGAAGAUGUCUUUCAGGAGAAGCUGAGGAAACAAAGGCUUCAGGAAGAAGCUGACCUUGCUGAUGGGGUUGGUCAAGAAUUUCCUAGCCUUAAGUCAGAAGAACCAGAACCAUGGGCCAUGUCACUGGAGUCAAAGGAAGAUUUUGAUGCCUUCCAGAAGUCACUUGUAUCACAACUGGAGAAGCACACCAAGUCACCUCUUCUUGUUCCCUUUCUUGAGGAACUCAUGCGAGAGAUUUCCAUUGGAUUGACAGCAGAGGAUGUGAAGAAGCUGGGUGGGACCCUGAAUGCAAUCCAUGCUGAGAAACUGAAGGCAGCCAAGAGCAAAGCCAAAAAGAAAGGGAAGGCAAAAGUCAGCCUCAAAGUUGGCAAAGACCAGGACGAGUAUGGCUAUGUGGGAGGCGAGCUUGAUAAUGAAUACGAUGAUUUCAUCUAGUACUUGGUUCUCCUAGAGAUCUUACGUUUAUUAUUCCUUUUCCAAUUCUUUCGAUUCUGUGGAAUUUUUUUUCAGUGCAUGUGUUUCAGGCCUCCUUUUUUCACCUAUGGGUGAAGGUGUCCAUAUUCUCCAGAUUUUUGUGCCUUCUCAGUUUUGUCUCUCGCCUCAUUGCAUCCCAAAACAAGUUCAGCUUGAAUUAAUAAAGUCAUAUUUCUCCCUAAUUGAGCCC